AUGGUUAAUAUCGACAAGGAGACCGUUAGACAAAUUUUGCACGAUGAAUUAAACAUGACAAAAUUCUGCGCCAAAAUGGUGCCUAAAAACCUCACUCUGGAACAGAAAGACGGUAUGCGACAAAUUUGCGUUGACAUUCUUGAACGGAUGGAAAACGAACGAGAUUUGUUGAAAAAGGUGAUAACAUGCGAUGAAACUUGGAUUUUCCAAUAUGACCCCAAAACUAAGAGACAAUCCAUGCAUUGGAAGACUUCCGCAUCACCAAAAUUGAAAAAAGCUCGAAUAAGCAAGUCGAAACUGAAGGCCAUGUUGAUCGUAUUUUUCGAUAUUAAGGGUGUAAUAAUGACAGAAUGGGUACCUCAGGGACAAACUGUGAAUCAACAUUAUUACCUUCAAGUAUUGACAACACUCAGAGAACGAGUAAGAAGAAAGCAGGCCUGA